AUGGAGGGCCUACACGCCGAAGAGCUACACGCUGCUGGGCGGCAGGGCUUUCUAGAGGCCCAAGCGGCGCAUCAUGAUUAUGUGCACCGCCGCCAGACGGAGGCCGAGGAGCGCCUCAAUCAGAGCCGCACGGCUCUGAGCAACAUAGAGGGCGAAUUGCGAGGCAAGAUCGACGAGGCCCUCCAUCAACAGCAGGCUGCGCAGGAAGCGGAGAAGCGCGCAGCGGUGAUCCUCUCGCGGGACGAGGAGCUCCACCGGCAGUUGCGCGAACAGCAGCAACUGCUGACCGACGCGCUCCGAAGAGAGCAAGAUUGGCGCACCAACCAGCGCCAGAUGGAAGAACGCUUCGCAGCAUUGCAAGCGGAGAUACAGGCCGCUCGCGGUGAACGCCCUGCGACGGACGCUGAAACUGCCGCUGCUGUCGCGCCGGCGCCGUCAGAAGCCCCUACGCCGCCCCCGCGGUCUCGCACGGGUGCACAGUUGCCCCCUCCUCCCCCUUUCUCGAUGGCGCCGGUGCGCCCUUCGCCACCACCGGCUGCUCCUUUCGCGGCUCGCCCACCCCCGCCCCCGUUCAGCACCCUCCAACAUCCAGUGGCGGGCGGUGCCAAAGGCAUCUUGCGGGGACGCGAGCCGUACCCUCUCGACGUGCCAGCGGCGCCGGGACUGUUUCAGUGGCACGACGUGCGCUCUUGGGUCCCUGUGCUGCGCCUGCCACAAGGCCAGGCGAUUUUGAUGUUGGAGCUCCAGACGGCGAUGGAGCUCAAGCUGCCGGUCCCGAUCGUACGGGCGGUUGUGGAGGCCUUAAAGGCCUUCAUGAACAACCUCGCCACGAGGGUCGAGCCGGAUGAGUUCGACUUUGCCGAAAGCGAAGCGCUUCUGUUUGCUCUGCGGGUCGCGGACAUGUACAGCAAACACCCGGGAACAAGUCCACAGGACUUCUACUCCCAGUUCGGCAGGUUCUUGAAUCCUGCUGAUCCCUUGACGGUUCGAUUUCUGAUAUGA